AUGCCUCGCAACCGGGCCUUCUCGGAGCCUGAGUACUCAGCAGAGUAUUCGGCGGACUGCUCUGUGACCCUACCAUCGGACCCGGGCCAGGCCGUGGGGCGCACGCACGAGGUAAUGGUUCGCAGCCAAGGGUGCUGCCUCUGCCUCCCACGCUUCAUGCGUCUCACUUUUGCACCCGAGUCUCUGGAGAACCUCUAUCAGACCUAUUUCCGCCGGCAGCGACACGAAACCCUGCUGGUUUUGGUUGUGUUUGCUGCCCUGUUUGACAGCUACAUCAUUGUCAUGUGCGCUGUGGUCUACACAGAUGAAAAGCUGGCCUCUGUGGUGGUGGCAUCAGUAGGCCUGGCAUCCGACAUCCUACUCUAUGUGUUGUGCUGCUACGGCCUGCUACCCGACCGCAUCUCGCGACGUGUGGUGCCCUACGCCCUGUGGGUGCUCAUAGCGGCCCAGAUCUUCUGCUACCUGGGCCUGAACUAUGCCCGCUUCCACCAGGCCAGUGACACAGUGGGCUGGCAGGCCUUCUUUAGCUUCUCCUUCUUCCUGACACUGCCCUUGCGGCUCACGCCCAUUGUGCUGAUCACAUCCGUGUCGUGCGGGGUCCACACCCUGGUGCUGGGGGUCACCAUUGCACAGCAGCAGCAGGAGGAUAUCCAGGGGGCUGCCCUCGGGAGACAGCUGCUGGCCAACGUAGUGAUCUAUGUGUGUGCCAUCACUGUGGGCGUCAUGUCCUACUACAUGGCAGACCGGAAACACCGCAAGGCCUUCCUGGAAGCACGGCAGUCCCUGGAGGUCAAACUCAAUCUGGAGGAACAGAGCCAGCAACAGGAGCGUCUCUUGCUGUCCAUCCUGCCCAAGCAUAUAGCAGACGAGAUGUUACAGGACAUGAAGAAGAAAGAAGCCAGUCAAACAGGACAGAAGGAGAAGCAGCAGUUCAACACCAUGUACAUGUAUCGCCAUGAAAACGUCAGUAUUUUGUUUGCAGACAUUGUGGGAUUCACUCAGCUGUCAUCAUCAUGCAGUGCCCAUGAGCUGGUCAAGCUCCUCAAUGAACUGUUUGCCCGCUUUGACAAGCUGGCUGCCAAAUACCACCAGUUGAGAAUAAAGAUCCUGGGCGACUGUUACUACUGCAUCUGUGGCCUGCCAGACUACAGAGAGGACCACGCUGCCUGCUCCAUCAUGAUGGGCCUGGCCAUGGUGGAGGCCAUUUCGUAUGUUCGUGAGAAGACCGGGACAGAUGUGGACAUGCGUGUGGGGGUACACACUGGCACUGUCCUGGGGGGCGUCCUGGGACAGAAGCGGUGGCAGUAUGACGUCUGGUCCACUGACGUCACCGUGGCCAAUAAGAUGGAGGCGGGAGGAAUACCGGGGCGUGUGCACAUCUCCCAGGCCACCAUGGAGUGUCUGCACGGGGAGUUUGAUAUGGAGCCGGGAAACGGCGGCGACCGCUGUGAGUACCUGAAGGAGAGGGGCAUCGACUCCUACCUGGUGGUGGUGCCCAAGGGCCCCCUGGGAAAGAGCGGCAUCAACGGGGUGAAGUUGUCUGUGAUGUCGUCCAAUGGGAACUCUCCAUUGUUGAUCAACACCACUGAGUGUAAUGGGAGUGUCCACACAGCCUGCACCACACCAGACGAGCCAGAGGAGCUGGACACACGGGUGGUGAACCCUUCGUUCCCCAACCCUCGGCGGAGGCUAAGACUGCGGGACCUGGCCGAGAGGGUGAUUGAUGCCCAAGAGAACGAACAGGAGCUCAACAAACUGCUCAAUGAGGCACUGCUGGAGAGAGAGACCGUACAAGCUCUGAAGGGGAAACGCACCAACCGUCUGUCCCUGCGCUUUGUGGACCCUGAGCUGGAGACCCGCUACUCCGUAGAAAAGGAGAAGCAGAGCGGAGCUGCCUUCAGCUGCUCCUGUGUUGUGCUCCUGUUCACUGCAGCCAUGGAGGUCCUCGUAGACCCUCGGAUGAUAGCAAACUACGUGACCCUAGCUGUGGGAGAGGUCCUGCUGCUCAUCCUAACUGUCUGCUCUCUGGCGGCCAUCUUCCCUCGAGUUUUCCCUAAGAGGCUGGUGUCUUUCUCCACAUGGAUCGACCACACCCGCUGGGCACGGAACACAUGGGCCAUGGCAGCAAUCUUCAUCCUCACCAUGGCCGACAUUGUGGACAUGCUGAGCUGUCCCCGUCCCUCUGGAAACGCCACAAUGGCUCCUACUUCCUCUGUUGUCCAAUCCGGGCCAGAGGGCUGUCUGGACAACCCCAAGUACUACAGCUACAUCGCCGUGCUGGCACUCAUGGCGACCACCAUGCUGGUACAGGUCAGCCACAUGGUCAAGGUCACACUCAUGCUCCUCAUCACCAUAGCGACGGGCAUCGUCAACAUCUACAGCUGGAGGGACAUAUUUGACCGCUACGAUAUGGCCCGCUUCCAGGACUACAGUGUGAUUAUUGUUGUUCUAGAAACAAUGUCUUAUCUGGUUCCCUCCAAAUAUGCCAUGACUAUCAUGAUCUUCGUCAUGAUGAUCAGCUUCUACUACUUUUCUCGACAUGUGGAGAAGCUAGCCCGUACUCUGUUCUUGUGGAAGAUUGAGGUCCACGAGCAGAAGGAGAAGGUGUAUGAGAUGAGGCGCUGGAACGAGGCGCUGGUCACGAACAUGCUGCCAGAGCACGUAGCACGUCACUUCCUAGGCUCCAAGAAAAGGGACGAGGAGCUGUACAGCCAGUCAUAUGAUGAGAUUGGUGUGAUGUUCGCCUCCAUCCCCAACUUCUCGGACUUCUACACAGAGGAGAGCAUCAACAAUGGGGGGAUUGAGUGCCUCAGGUUCCUCAACGAAAUCAUCUCCGAUUUUGACAGCCUUCUGGACGAGUCUCAGUUCCGCUGCAUCACCAAAAUCAAAACCAUUGGCAGCACCUACAUGGCAGCGUCAGGGGUCACUCCCGACGUCAGCAACGGCUACGCCUGUCUGAAGAAAGAGGAGCUGACCGACAGGGAGCGCUGGCAGCAUUUGGCAGAUCUGGCUGACUUUGCUCUGGCCAUGAAGGUCACGCUCAUGAACAUCAACUACCAGUCCUUCAACAACUUCAUGCUACGCAUAGGUUUGAAUAAAGGGGGGGUGCUGGCAGGAGUGAUUGGUGCCCGGAAGCCUCACUAUGACAUCUGGGGCAACACUGUGAAUGUGGCCAGUCGCAUGGAGUCCACAGGGGUCAUGGGUAACAUCCAGGUGGUGGAAGAUUGCUACCACAUCUUGAAGGAGUACGGAUUCCGUUUUGUGAGGAGGGGACCUAUCUUUGUGAAGGGGAAAGGAGAGCUGCUUACCUACUUUCUGAAGGGUAGAGAAAAACAGGGCUCCUUCAUCAACGGCUCCUCGGUCACCCUGCCACACCAAGUGGUGGACAACUCCUGACCUGCGUGUCAAUGCUCACAGAAACACACACGCAUAAUCAGAAACAUACAUUCUAAUGUAUAAGUGAGAUCUGAAUUCAUGCUUAUACCAACCACUCUUUCAGAAUUGCAAAGUAUGUAAGAGGAUAUGUACAUCUUGCAAAGAAAGAAGGUUUGUCCCGCCUCCCCCACCCUGCCUGUUCAAAUACAUUCUUUGGCAAACUACAAAGCUUUUCAAAAUAGUGCUCAGCUAUUUGCACUACAGACCUAUGAACACAUAUCACGCUACUGUAUAGUCACCCAUAUUUACACACAGGCUUAGACAAACACUCUUAUUCAGAAACACAGUCUGACAAACACACAGUCGUGUAUUCACUACAAUGCCAUCCUUACCACGCACUCAAGCCAGAUGCAUCAUGGCUGUUGGACUAAAUGCCUCAUUUUGAAUACUCUCCCCCUUUUACAAAAUACUUUUUAUAUUUGGGAAAAUAAUGGAUUUCAUUGUGUUUGUUACAGUAUCUCCAAACUGCUUGGAGAUGGAGAUGACCUGAGAUAAGAUGGUAGAGUGUUUGAAGGUUAAUGUGUGUGUGUGUGUGUGUGUGUGUGUGUGUGUGUGUG